GGCGGGGGUCGGGAUGCGGACGGGGCAGCGGCAGUGACUGGAGCUGCCGCCCGACAUGAACUCGCUGGAGCAAGCGGAAGAUCUCAAGGCUUUUGAGAGAAGACUUACCGAAUAUAUUUCUUGUUUACAACCUGCUACAGGACGUUGGAGAAUGAUUCUUAUAGUGGUGUCUGUCUGUACAGCUACUGGUGCCUGGAACUGGUUGAUAGAUCCUGAGACACAAAAGGUAUCCUUCUUUACAUCUUUAUGGAAUCAUCCAUUUUUCACAAUCAGCUGUAUCACUCUAAUAGGGUUGUUCUUUGCUGGAAUACACAAAAGAGUGGUAGCACCAUCAAUUAUAGCAGCCCGAUGUCGAACUGUGUUAGCAGAAUAUAAUAUGUCUUGUGAUGAUACAGGAAAGCUAAUUUUGAAACCUAGGCCUCAUGUUCAAUGACAAUCUCUGUACAUUAUCAUGGGACCUGAAACAGCCUUUCUUCAAAUAAGUGAUGCAGCGAAAAGCCAUACAGGAUUCCUUUUACAGUUACUUAUGUGAAAGUCUUAGCAACAACUGACAAGAAGUGUGCAAUAUUAACCCAGAUUGUCUUGAUGAUUUCUCACGUUAUCAGUGCUUUUGGUACUUUUUGAUUACCUGUAUUUCAGUAUUAGUGUCACUUUAGUACUUCAUUUUCUGCAAGACUAAUUGCAGAUAAAGUAUGUGUUUUGGUUACUAAGUUAAAGCUUAGAGACAGAACCUCAUUCAGUUUUUAUAAUGUAUUUUUGCAAACUACUGUAAAUAGCAAAUCAAUGCCAAUGUUAAGCAAAGAGAAAACAUGUUGUGUGGACCUUUGUUCUCCUGCACCAGUAUUUAAGGAAUACCUACUUGCCAUUCCCACAGCUUUUUUAUUAAUAGUUAUUGCAUAUGUCUGUAUUGUUUGUUCUCCCAGCUUAUUCUUUAAAUGGUAUUGUAGGAAAGUAGAUUAAAAAGCCCAUCAAAUUGAACUUAGGUUGAAGAAAAACUCAUCUCCAUUAUGUUGUAAGAAAUUACAGAUAUUUUGAGAUAAAUUUUUUGUUAAACUGUAUACAAAACUUCAGCCACUAUUGUGGUUUUAUUUACUGGUUCAAUAUUUUCAUUUAUUGUUCAAUAUACUUUAUAAAUAUGUUUUUAAAGUAUUCAUAUGAACACUUAAUAGGUUUCUGAAUAUGAAAAUUCAGUUACGAAUUAUGUAGUGUUUGGGAAUUCAAUAGUUGUAUUGUUUUAGAUAAUUGGAUUUUAUGCUGUGGUAGUCAUAACAUUACACUAGUAUUGCAGAUGUGUAAUUUAUGAUCAUAUUCCACCAUCUGAAAAGGUAAUACAUUAACAGUGCCACAAAAUAGUCUACAAUUCUCACUACUUAAAGAGUAAGUGCUAAUGACAUACCGUGUAUGCAGAAUAGCGAUGUGUACUAUAAUAGCCCAUAAAAUUAAACUACUGGGAUUGCUAUAAAUA